AUGAUUACAAGUACUUUAGAUGACGUAAAUAUUAACAAUAAGACCCAAACUACUGGAGAAGCGGAUCUAAAACUCAUAGACUAACUUAUUGCUAUAGGAUCGUUACUGCCAGCUUUAGAUAGUAUUGAUAUGUACCCAAAAUUCAAUACUCGCAGAUUCCUUUUAUACUUUCUUCUUCAUGUCCUGCACAAUACGUUUGGUCCAUUUUUUGUUCUGGUAUUGAAAUUAGCAGGAUACUCUUCAUUGAUAAACAAUUUGGCAUUCUGGGGUUUAAAUAUUAGCUGCUUUUUGUAAAUGAUGUCAUUUGCUUUAAACGCAAUUUGCUUUUCUGUAGUAUUCUACUAAGGGUUUAGCAAUUUCUACAUUUCAGAACUUACUUUCCUAGUGCUUAUGUAAACUUUGAGAAAUAUAAUUCUUGGUGCUAAAUAUGGAUAUUUCAGUGAUGAAAGAAAUUACUUGAUAAUUAACAGCAAGAUUGGUUCAGAUAUACGUGCUAACUAAUAUUUGACAAGCAUUCUUAAUAGUUAUAAUUUUCUUUAGAUGAGAUCUGAGGUAACUGCUACAUUUUAUAGGUUAAACAUUGACAAAGAAUUAUUCAUAUUGAAAUCAAAUGAUGAGGAAUUUUAACAAGAUUUAGUUCAAGAAAGAUUUACCACUUCAGAUUUUUUCACCAACAUCGAGAAUUACAACAAUAAAAUAAUCAAAAGUUAUUUGGAAGAAUUUUAAUAUAAGAAAAAAGCAUAGCGAUACUAAGGAGUAUCUAAUACAUAUCAAAAGUACCAAGAAAAAAUAGAAUCUAUUAUGCAGAGAAAUGAGCACAAAUAUGACUUAAAUGGUCAAAGUUUGCUUUUCGAAAUGAUCUAUCAUUCGAAACAGAUUCCUCAUCGAUACUCACCUUUUUUUGCUAUCUCAGUUCUAAGAUCAAUAUGCCCUCUGAUUGCUCGAUUUAUAGAUAACAAGACAGAGGUUAUGAUUAAUAAUCCUUUCUUUUGGGUGUUUUUUGGUUGUUAACUCUAUCUAGCAUCAUUUUCCUACAUGUUUAAUAUGAGCUUUUUGAAUUAUUCCUAUUUUCAUAUCAGACAGAAGAAUUUCAUGAUGGAGAUGAUCUCGACAAUUAUUGAUAAAAAAAACAAGCUGUAUUACUAAUUUGGAGGUUACUUUCCUUCUAUCAAUCCAUACAAUCCAAUCAACUUAUAUAAUUGGCUGAAUUUGAGAAGCUGUGUGCUAGAUUUUGGACUUUAGUUUGAUUUAAGAAUUCAAUUGUAUUCAUUGAUAAUUAUACCAGUAUUUUCAUUCCUAUUUGCCUCUUAUAUUCUCACAGUGCUUAUGAAUGUCCAAUUACCAUUAUUUGAUACUCUAGCCUACCUAACAAUGCCUCUUGACUUCAUAGUAGUAUUUAUUAUUUUGACUAGAACUUUGAAAGAAGGAGCUGCAUUAAAUGGCCAGAAUAUGAAGCACAAAAAUAUCCUAAUAAGUUUAAAAGAAGAACUAGUUUUGGUUCGGACAUUUAUCAAAUAAGAGGAUGAUAAGAUAGAGCAAUUCUCAGUCUGUUAAAAAUUAAACCACUAAUCCCACAUCCUUACUUAAAUUUAGAGUCCCACUCAGAGGAUUAAAAGAAUUUGUACUAAUAAUCUUGACAAGAAUAAGCUUUUCGAAAAAAUAGACCUUGUUGAAAACAUGAUCAAUACUGUAAUUGAGAGAUUAGAUUUUCAAUACUAGCACUAGCCUAUAAAGUUUUUGACAAUUACACUGUCUGAAGAAAAAUUUACUAAAUUUUUAACUGUAAUAGCUACAGUUUCAUUGGCUGUGGUGCAAAGUUUAUUUUCUUAUAAUAAGACCAACUGA